AUGGGUACAUUAGCCAAUAAAUUUGGACCCGCUUUGGCCACUGGUAAUACAGUUGUAAUGAAACCUGCGGAAAAUACCCCUUUGACUGCAUUACAUGUGGCAACUCUGAUAAAAGAGGCCGGUUUUCCAGCCGGUGUGGUGAACAUAGUGCCCGGUUAUGGCCACACAGCCGGUGCCGCAUUGGCUGAGCACAUGGAUGUAAACAAGAUCGCAUUUACCGGGUCGACAGCGGUGGGCAAACUGGUCCAGGAGGCCGGUGGCCGGUCUAACAUGAAACGCGUGACUCUGGAAACGGGCGGCAAAUCACCGCUUAUUAUCUUCGAUGACGCGGACAUUGAUGUCGCCGUCGCCACAGCCCAUAUGGCUGUGUUUGCAAAUUCAGGACAGAUAUGCUGUGCCCCAACCCGUCUCUUCGUUCAGGACACCAUUUACGAUAAGUUUGUGGAGCGGUCUGUAGAGUUGGCUAAAAAGCGAGUGUUGGGCGACCCC